CUCUCUCUCCCCCUCUCUCUCCCCCUCUCUCUCCCCCUCUCUCCAUCCUCCUCACUCAUCCUCCAGCAGCAUCCAUCUCUCCGGGCGUCCACGGCGUCUGAUUCCCGGCCGGUGGCGGCUCCAGCUCCAGGAUGUGACAGCAGCGCUUCCAGUGAUGACAGGAGGAAAGCAAUGGGAAUAAAUAACCACCAAGGGAGGAUAAAGCAGAGCUGAGGGCUGGUGAAGACAUGAGCACAUUUUGAUGGAUUCCUCUUUCAACGCCGUGGAGCUCCGGGAGUUACGGGGUGGAGGAGGCCGACGAGGCCCGUCUCCAUCGCUGACCUCCUGGACCGCGGCCACAGUGGGCAGCACCGCCCGGGGCUUCGAGAACGCCUCCUACCUGCAGGACGAGGAGCAGAACCAGCAGCAGCAGGAGGCGACCACAUCGGCCAGUUAUCCACCUCCAGCAUCAGGCAGCAGCAAGCAGCAGCAGCAGCAGCAGCAGCAGCAGCAGCAUCAGCAUCAGGAGGCGUCUCCUCAGUCCUAUGACGAUGAGGAGGCCACUGCUGCAGCUGGAGGUCCAGAGGACGGUCAGGACUUGACUGAGUUCAGCCCGGCUGACGACCACACAGCAGACUACGGCUUCAUCCUGGCUCUGGUGUUCCUGGUGAGCGGCAUCGUGCUGGUGGUCAUCGCCUACACCAUCCCCCGGGAGGCUAAAGUGGACCCAGACUCGGUGUCGGCGCGGCAGAUGGAGAAGCUGGAGAUGUACUACGCCCAGCUGGGCUCCCACCUGGACAAGUGCAUCAUUGCGGGUCUGGGCCUGCUGACGCUGGGGGGGAUGUUCCUGUCGGUGCUGCUCAUGGUGUCCAUCUGCCGGGGAGAGAUGUACCGGCGGAGGGCGGCCUUCGUUCGGCCCAAAAGGACUUACGGCUCCAUCAACCUGAGGAUGAAGCAGCUGGCGACCGGGGAGGCGGGAGGAGGCGACGGCGGGGACGGAGGGGAGGAAUUUUUGGUUGCAGAGACUCGGAAUAACGUCCAGCCUGAACCGAGCCGGGACUCCAAACUAGAAACAGGACCGAGCAGACAUCCAGCUCCUCCUGCUGCUUCAGCUGGACGAGGACUCAACUAAUCCUGCGGUUUGUUCACUCUGCAGACGUGUUGCCUUCCUGUGCCCCGUUGCAUUAUGGGGAUGCACAGCAGUGCAGGUGCCGACUGGAGAAGCACAACCUGAGCACAAGGCUUUCCGCUGGAGCUUUACGCCGGCGUUUGGGAUGAACUGAGUUAAAGGAUAUUUAUUCUAACUGAUCACGAGGGAUGUACUACUUCACAGAAGAGGGCUUUGCUGCGGUAGAAGAGUGAGGUAAGGCUGUGGCUGCCUGGAAAAGAGCACAUGUGGAGACGAACAGUUCCAUAUCAAAGAUUAGAGUUUCAAUAUUAAAUCCCAGUAUGUUAAUCAGAGACUUGAUUUCACAAUAAAAGCACAUAAUAAAGAAAAGCACUGCAGAGAGCAACAUUAUUGUGAAGAUAUUCCACAUUAGCCAUAUUUUUAACACUUUAAAUUUUGGCUUGCAGCUGUGAAUAGCACUUGUGAAAUCUGAAAGACAGUUCAGCCGUUGGAUAGCAGCGUCAUUCCAGACGUCUUAAAGAAGUGGCACGGACAGCGUGAUGCUAGCACAAAGUAAACACAGGCAACGUUCUGGGAACUCACUCACCACUAGCAAUAAAUGGACAAUAAAAGUGUAAAUAUUCACAAAGCAAAGGCAAAAAAAAUCUCAGUUUAAACUUGCAUUAAGCAACAUGUUUUCACUAAUUAAAAGGAUCAUUUGACUGCUUUCAGCUCAUUGUUUUGGUUCUCUGACAGCACAGUUGAGCUUCACGUGAGGCAGUAGAUUAGAGCUGGAUGGGUUCUGAUUCAUCCUCAACAUUUUCAUCAUAUUAUCGUCACUUUAAGUUCAUUAUGUGUCACUUUGGAUCAUUUUAUACUUAAAACAACAGGUGUUUGUAGCCAUAAAACAUAUGCAAAUCCAACAUUUUCUAUCUUCAACUCUGUUUUUGUCUCUUUAGCUACUAAAUGCUGCUCUGUGUUCACCAGCUCGUCUCUAACUAUCUGUCUGCUGUGGAGCAGGUAGCGAUCAGAGGCUUUUUACAGCUUUAUUCUCUUCAAACAUCUGCCUCCAGCACUCACAGAGCAGCAUUAUGAUUCAUAUUGAGUCAUGGUUGUGUGCAUCUGAUGGAUUUAUCAUCCAGUAUCCAGUUUUUGAGAGAUAUGCGGCUUUUCAGCUGCUAAAUGCUCCAUGUUAACCAGCUCAUCUCUAACGGAGUCUGUCUGCUGUUUGUUGCUGCUGUAUCAGCGCAGAGAGCAAACCAAAACACUACAGUUAGAGUAAACAAUGAACUGGCUCUCUGUAAAGUCAAGAUUCAUCUUCAAAAGGAUGUUCAUUUGUUAUUAUUGUAAGAUCACAAUUAUAGUCACUUGUAAUUCAAAUAUUCAGAUUUGUUUUGAACAAGACUGCAGAUAAUAUUGAGACCUUAAUAUAAAAAUCACAGAUGAAGUGGCCCUUUAAAGCAACAACAGAUAUAUUAGCCCAUAUAAAAUGUUUUUAUGGUUUUGUCAGUCAUAGGAAAACAGCUCCAUAGUGUUAGCAGAUGUCAGAAACUCCACAGGGAACCUUUAAACUAUAAAAUAUUAAUACUUAUAUUGCCAAUCAAUCUGUCUGUGACUGCAGUUGAGCUACACAAAAGCAAAGACAAGUGAAAAGAUAAAAUAGCAGCCAGUCUCCCCAUGGAAUGAGAAGUUUACUGAGAGAAUCUUAAAUGUCUUCAUGUGGAAGAUAAUUGCUUAAUGCAGCUUUAAACACUUAGCCGGUCGUCAAUAAGAUGCAGUGAGAGGCAGGAGGUGACGAUCAAAGGCGAGACUGAGAGGUGCAGAAGUGAAAUGAGUCACCGUUUACUGUAACUGCAGCAGCCAGAAUCGGUUUGUUGUUGGCUAACAGUGUGUGGUUCUCAGACAACUGGAGGAGACGUGUAGCUCUGCCUGGAAACUCCUCCUCAGUUUCUCACAUAUUUAACGUCUUCUCUGCUGCGGCUGAAGGCCAAAAACACAAAAACAGAUUUAAACACACGAAACAUGGCGAGCAAAUAUUCUAACACGUCCAGUGUCUCAUAAUGCUGCAUCACCCAGAAGUGUUGCCUCGUGUUUACUGAUCAGCAUUUCUGCUAACAUCUCCGCAGAAUCACAGUCGAUCUUCUGUCAGCAGCUGCUGUUCCCAAACUUGAAAUUACAUUUGAAUGGUCAUAUUUAUGUGACGUUUUAAGGUGGAGUAUCAAACUUUCCUGUGCUACGUACUAGUGGCUGCUGCUGCUGCUGCUGCUAUAAAAAGAAACUCCAGCUUUAUAAAUGAAAUUUUGCAGAUCAAGCUUUUAUUAUAGUCAGUGGUGGGGGAAGUUCACAUUACUGAUACCACAGAAAUAGAAAUAUUUAUUACAAGUAUGGAUUCCUGCAUUGAAAAUUUCACCUAAAUGUUACACAAAAUGACCCUUGUGACUGAUAGGCAACAUAUCAUUGUAAUUGCAGCUCGCUGGUUGUUGUUUUUUUUUUUUGGUUUGUAAUAAUUCAAGAAAUACUUCAUUGUCACCAGAGCCUAGAGUGGCACCUUCACCAUAAUUUAUUUUUAAAAGAUUUAUUAUUCAAGAAAAGUGAAUAUACACGUUUGAGAAUGGAGUUGGAGUGAUGAAAUCUAGGGGCAUUUUUCUAUUAAAAAUAACUUCUGCUGCUGCUCAUUUGAGCUCUACUAGUUUCAUUUAGGGCUGCAGUGAUGAUUGUUUUCAUUGUGGACUAAUCUGUGGAUUAUUUUUUUAAACAAUCAAUUAGUUAAUUACUCUGUGAAAUGUUAGAAAGUGGUUUACACCCUCCACUGUCUUGUUUUGUUUACAACUAGGCCUGGGCGAUAUGGCCUAAAAAAAAAUCUCCGAUUUUUUCACAAAAAAUCCAGAUUCACGAUUUAUCCGAUUUUUUUUUUUUUUUUUUACCCCCUACCUAACCUCUGCAGGCUGGAGUCCAGUCUACUUAAUGCAAAUGAGCUGCAGCCCUCUCCAGGUAAACACACCUGAUCACAGCUGGAAAUACGCCGCAUGUGGCAUGCUGGUCCGGCUGUGGUGCGUUUCCAGCUGUGAUCCGGUGUGUUUACCUGGAGAGGGCUGCAGCUCAUUUGCAUAAAGUAGACUGACUUCUACUUUAUGCAAAUUCAGUGAGGCGUGCGGAGAUUCCACGCAUUGUGAAAUGCAUCACUGUAACCAUGACAACAAGUGAACGCUACAUCAGCGGCCUGCUGAUGAUCACAUGACUGUGAUCCUACUACAAAUCCACCACUGAGGACUUAUCAGGACUUAUCAGGACUUAUCAGGACUUAUCCAUCAGAGAUGAUCCAAGGAACAACUGAUUAAAUUGUGGGGGUGUUUCUGAGUCCCAUCAAUUCCUGCCACCCGCUACAUGUUUAGGUCAUGUGAUUCAGUAUCCGUACAUAACGUACACAUGCAGAACACACGCCUGUGCUCAGUGCAACGUCAUUUUGUUUGUGAGUACAUCUAUAUUAAAUGGACACAUUCUAUGGUGGCUUGAUUUCUGAUCAUCAAUAACUAAUAAGCAAAAAGCUGUAUUUACAAAGAAAAAUAAAAAUGCUGCAUUUCUGACAAUGCCAUAUGGGGGAAUGAACAGCCUUGGAGGAGGACUGCGCUCUCUGAGUGCUUUUCUUGUUUCCAAAGCCUUUAAGGGUUUUAUUCACCAAAAGUUUAAUUUAAAAAGCACCUCCAGCUGUUAGAUAAACAUAGUGCAGUGAAAAGUCGAAUAAUUUCUACUGAACUGACUUCAGAUAAACGUCUAAAGUACAGUACUUGAGUAAAUGCACUUAAGUACAUUCCACCACUGAUUAUAAUGAGCUGGGCCUGAAUGGGAACUCAGCAAACUGACUUUUAAAGCAUUACGGAGACAUGUGUGUGUUUUCUCUGUCUACAAGGAGUUGGUUUUGAGUGGAAUAAAUCUUUCAUGACACAGCGCCUACUUAUUUGUAUUAUAACCUGAUGUAAUUUAUGUCAUGUAAGGAUACAAUAUGCCUUAAUGAGUAAACACACACAUUGUAAAUUGUAUAUAUAUUAUGCUAAUGUAUUAUAGUCUGUAUAGUUAACCAGUUAGCCAAGGGUAAUGUAGCCACACACACACACAUAUACAGACAAACACACACUUUAAGUCCAGCUCACUGUUACAUUUAUACUCAUCCUGAGCUGUUUGCUGUGACACAGUACAGAAACAUUAUAAAUAUCACAAGAAGACGUCUCGGAUGUAGAGGAGCAGCAGAAGCUAAAGCUCAAAAACCAAAUACGCAACACAGGUAUACAAAAGGGGAAAAACCUCGUCAAAGCUGGACCAGUUUGUUCCUGUUAUCAGAUUACUGACUGCAGCAGGAACAGAAAACGGAGAAAUUGUGAUUUAAUGAACAUACAGGUAAAUUAAAUCACAAAGAAAUACACUAAAUGGUUUGUAGAUAUUAGGGCUGAUUGAUUAUUAUAGUGACUAUUUCCCUGAUUAAUUGACUGUUUGAUCCAUAAAAUGUCCAAAAUAACCUGAUUUAAAUUAUCAAAUAGAUUAUCAUAACUUUUGCACCUGGAAACAGUGAAUUUGGGGUCUUUUUUGGUUAAAAACAUGACAUUACUGACAAUAAAACAAGUGUUUAUAAUGAAAAUAGUUGUCAGUUUUAGUCAGUUUUAACUCCAGAGUAGUCUACUAAUUAUUUCAGCAGUUACCCAUUUAAUGUCUCAUAAAUGCUAAAACAACAUUAUAAGAGCCAUAAUCCUCAAAAUAUUCAGUUUAACAUCCAGUUUGACAAAGAGAAGCAUCAUAAUGUCACAUGUUGGAAGCUGGAACAAGCAAACAUGAUAAACCAAUUAUCAUCAAUUCAUUUUCCAGCUGUUCAUGAAGUAGUUGAUGCUUAAAAGGAAAACUAGAACAUCAGGUUUCCCCCAAGAUUCACUUCAAUUUCACAUGCACAGCAUAUACAGUCACCAGCCACCUUAUUAGGAAAAUGAAUGCAACAUUUUGCAUUAAUCGACAUUUUUAGUUUUUGUUGAUCGUGUCAGUGUUGCAGGUGUAAUAAAGGCUUGUUCACUAAACAUUAUUAAACGGAGUAAUCUUUUAUUUUUAAAUAUCUGCAACCAAUAUUAUUAACCGCUUUAUGAAAGUAAAACACAGUAGCAGAGUUGUUAUAAAGGUGUGUCUAAUAAAGUGGCUGGUUAGUGUAUAUAAUAAUGAUAAUAUUAUUAUUAAUGAUAAAAGUUGUUCAUUAAAAAGAAAAAAAAGAUCUGAUGAGGUUCAGAGAUGCUCCACACUGGUCAGUUUAAUCUCUGCUGCAUGCAGCAGGUUAGCGCUGUGAUUUACAUCUUGUUCUUUUACUGGACAGUUCCAUCACCUGACAGUCCAUCCCUGCUGAAGUGUCUUCAAGUAUAUCUGCAUUCAUGUCAGCUUAAUCCGCUGAACCUCAAGCAGUUUAUGGGGUAUUCUUUUACUUACUGUGGGUUCAUUUUUGAAAAUAAAUUCCGGCGCCUCUAUUUAAAUAGCACAAAAAUGGCCAGAAGGAAACCGAACUCAGAAAUGUCUUCUAUGCAGCUUAACAAACUUUUGACAUAUAUCCAAAAAAAGAUUUCUUUGUUUUUACAGAAAUUGGAAAAACCUGCAAUCAACAUGUACACCACAGGUGUUCCCAUAAUGGAAAACUCAGAUGUUUUAACAUUUACACAGCCUGCAGUUCAGCUGAAAAGUCCCUGAAUUUUUCUCAUGUGACUGUUGGUUGCAGCUGAAUCACUAAAAGCUUCACAGAAAUUAAUUUUUUUUUCACAAAAUCUGGUUUAGAGCAAACUUUUACCUUUGGCAAUUUUAAAGUGAAACACUUAGAAUGAAGCAAUUUUGAUGAAAAAAAAUCACUAUUUUAAGCCCAGAUGUGGUUUAUUUUCCUGACCAAAGUGAAAGUCAAACAUGAUUUAUUUAUUUAUUAAUCUUUCUGUUUUUACAGUUUCUGGCUCUAAGAAACUGUGUAAUGUUGGUGACUUUUAAACAUAAGCUGCUGUAUCACCAUUCAGACAGAAUUAGAAGCACCAGUUCUUGGUUCAGGCUCUCAUUCAGACGGAUGUGCACUGAGCAGUGUCGGAGCAGCCAGAAGUAAAGAGUGCAAAGCUCUGCAACUAGAAAGAAGCACAGCAGAGUGUUUUCUGUGAGGGAGAAGUGGAGUGAGUGACGGAGGGAGAAGCAGUGGGCGAGCGGUGGGAUGCAGCUGGAUGACGUGAGGUGAUUCUUGAAGAGGUGGAUUCUCAGCACGAAGCUAAAUCCUCUCAAUGACACAUUCAGGUUUCCACACUCACCUCGGGAAAGAAAAGAUGAGAAUAAACAGACAGACACGAGUCAGAUUAAGCCUGAAAGAGCAGCUGAUUGUUGUUGGGAGACAGAGAGGAGGAGGCUGUCAUUAGAGGAGAGAAACAGCAGCUGCAGAAACACAACGUGAUGCAGGGAAGGAUUACUGCUGCUGCUGGGCUCUGGAGGUCUGACAGGUUUUAUUAGAGUUACAUGGCUGGAUAGAUGCAGCGAGGAGCAGACCCAGAGACCGGGGACUGCUUUUGUGGAAAAAAACCUCCACUGAUUUAACACAUCAAAGCCCCGUUCAGACAGGAUUAAUUCUCCGGGGAGGCGGGGGUUGAACAUUACCUGCCCCACUGAGUAAUUAAACAAAUGACCUCCUGUUUUUCUGUGAACUCGAUGCUCCUCCUGCAAUUUAAAUCCCAUAUUUUAAAUUGAAUUCUUGAUAUUUUUUCUUUCCUUCUUUUGAAUUUUGUCUGCUCUGUGAGGAAGUCAGAAAUGUUUCUACCAUUCUGCAUUUAUGUGCACAUCUGUUUAAAGCUGCAGCUGUUAGAAGUGAAGCUAGUCUACUCACUUUAGCUUCAUCUAUAAAACCACUGUAGUUGUAUUUAAAAUCUGAAAACCUAAUUUAUUUCUCAUCAUGACAUUGAUUCAGAAUCAAAAACAUUGAAAAAGUACAUCAAAUACAUGAUUAUGAGUGAGUUGAAAUAUGAAGAAAAAAGGGUCAUUUUGAAAAGUCCCGUCUUCGAGCACAUUAACAACACAACUGAUACUGUAGCAGUCAACUAGUGAUAUGUAUCUCAGAAAGUAUUUGAUAUAAUAAGCGAAAAAUCUAACAUAUACCGUUUUAAAUAUCUAUAUUUUGUAAUAAAAGCAAGUUUUAAGUAAAUCACAGAUGGUCAGAUUAUUCAAAUUUGGUCAGGUAAACAUACUUAUCAUAUAUUAUAUAAUCGCUGUAAGUCUGAAAAUGUAUUUACACCUUUCAAACAAAAAGAGAACGAAUUCUUUACCUGAGAAACACAUUAGAGCAACACAUACUACUGUUCAAAAGUUUGGGGUCACUCAGACAAUUCCAUGUUUUCCAGUAAAACUCCCACUUUUCUCCAUGUGCUAACAUAACUGCACAAGGGUUUUCUAAUCAUCAAUGAGCCUUUCAACACCAUUAGCUAACACAAUGUAGCAUUAGAACACAGCAGUGAUGGUUGCUGGAAAUGUUCCUCUGUACCUCUAUGGAGAUAUUCCAUUAAAAAUCAGCUGUUUCCAGCUACAAUAGUCAUUUACCACAUUAACAAUGUCUACACUGGAUUUAUCAUUCAUUUACUGUUAUAUUCACUGAAAAAACUGCUUUUCUUUCAAAAAUAAGGACAUUUCUAAGUGAGCCCAAACUUUUGAACAGUGGUGUAUUUGCAGUUAAAAGGCCAGUUAUUUACACUUAAAGAGCAUCUUCAGCUUCAACAUGUGAUUCUCUGCAGGGUUAAAAUAUUAAAAAUGAGAGAAUCUGUUAAUGGAAAAUACAUAGAAACACAUUUGUACAAUAUGUUGUAUUGGAGAUAGUUUUAUCUGAAGUAACACCGAGAUUUUCAAUCAAAUACAGAGAAGAUAAAUAAAUACAAAUAAAAACAAUAUCUGCAUGUUAAAUUAACAGGAAACACUGUUAGCAGCUUUUAAAGGGACUCUUUUUCAGUAAAGGAUAAACCUAAGUCAGAAUAUUCAGUGUCUAUGGAUUAACUGAGCUUUUAAACUAAAGCUUCAGUGAUGAUAUUUCAAGAAUCACAUCUUUUUUUCAAGCUACUUGGCACUGCAGAAUAAACAACUUUAACUGACCGAAGUUGUCUGUCUGCUAUCUCAAAAAAUAAACACGCCUGACAGUUGCUGUCGUAUCUGUUGACAUUCAGGGCACCUUUAUUUGUUUCCAUCAGAAAGAUGGAGGUGAAGCUUGUGAAUGUGCAGAUGAAUCAGUCAUUUCAGAAGAUAAACUGAUUAAAAGAGUGAAUAUUUUCCCAGUCUUUCCUGAAAUGACUGAUACAUUUAUAACGCGCCCUCCUGCCCCAACAGCUUUACUCCAGCGGUGCAGUUAAACACAUGAGUAGAUAUUCACUAGAAGUCAGAGCAGAAAGACGACGUGCUGUAAAGAAAGAAAAACUGAGUUUCAGCUCCUCUGUGACGUGUCUGAAUGUCAAGACCAAACACGAGCACCUUGGCCAAAGACACAAGAGAAAAUCAAUCUUUAUUCUGUCAGCCACACGAUGACUCCGUUACCAUAGAAAUAGUCUAUUUAUAUCGAGGACUGUUGGGGGAGCAGUUCUCAGAUGUCAUGGAAAGUCCUUGUGAGGACGCAACAGCAAAGACAAAGUCUUAAACCCUCUGGUUGUCCUUGCAGACAAGGAGACGAACAGUUGGCAUGAGUGCCAGUAAAUACCACGUUUUUAAUAAAAAAAAUAAUGAAGAUGUAAAUGUUUUAAUUAAUUCACUUCAGGUCAAAAGUGGCUACCAAGUCAGAGCGUUUAAAGCAGACAAAUAACUCCGCUGGGCUAAAGACUAAACCAUCAGCAGCUAGAGUUUCCUAAAUCCAACACAACCACGAAGCCUUUAGUGAGUCAGCAGCAACAAGUCACAUGACAAAAAUCCAGAGCUUCUCAGCUGAACUGCAGGCAGUGUUUACACAGACCAGAUGGAAGACAAGGAUGGAGACAAAUUAAACAUCCAUCCAUCCAUCCAUCAUUUAUACACGCUUCAUCCUCAUCAGGGUCAUGGGGGGCUGGAGUCUGUCCCAGCUGACUGAGGGUGAAGGCAGGAGACACCUGGACAGGUAACAGUCUAUCACAGGUUCACCUGGACAGGUAACAGUCUAUCACAGGUUCACCUGGACAGGUAACAGUCUAUCACAGGUUCACCUGGACAGGUAACAGUCUAUCACAGGUUCACCUGGACAGGUAACAGUCUAUCACAGGUUCACCUGGACAGGUAACAGUCUAUCACAGGUUCACCUGGACAGGUAACAGUCUAUCACAGGUUCACCUGGACAGGUAACAGUCUAUCACAGGUUCACCUGGACAGGUAACAGUCUAUCACAGGUUCACCUGGACAGGUAACAGUCUAUCACAGGGCUACACAUAGACACAAACAAUCACACUCACAUUCACACCUACAGACAAUUUAGAAUCACCAGUUAACCUCAGCAUGUUUGUGGACUGAGGGAGGAAGCUGGAGAACCUGGAGAAAACCCACACAUGUACAGGAGAACAUGGAGACUCCAUGCAGGAAGAUCCCAAGAAGGCUGGGACACGAACCGGGGAUCUUCUAGCUGCAAGGCGACGAUGCUAACCACUGAGCCACUGUGCAGCCCCAAAUUAAACAUGUAAUUAGUAAAAUAUCUACAGUUUGUAGAGCCACCACUUUAGUACACUUUAAGCUUCAUAUUUUCAUCCUAUUUUUAAAAGUCAUUCACAUAAGUUGAAGUUGAACUUUGUCAUUAGUUAAAAAAACAACUAUUAGUUUUCUUCUUGUAUCGCUGAUUCUCAGAAUCUAUCCUGUUGACUUUGCUAAUAAUGUCCAUAAAAGAAAGUUUGGUUUUGGGGAAACAAAUAGUGAAAGUGUGUGAUGUGUGCCACUAAGGCUCUGCCAAGGCCAGGGGUAAAUCAGAUAAAGAUAAAAUACAUUUCCUCAAUUAUUUUUAUACACAACAACAUAUUUAAAUGUAUAAACAGUAAGAUUGGCUGCUAACUACAUGUACUACAUCUCAGCAAUGGAAACACAAAGUUGUACACAAUUCAAGAGUUUUUUUUCAUUCAUCUCACUAUUUUUCAGUUUUUAAGAUUUAUGACGUUAUAGCGUGAACAAAAUACAUUUCUGUGUUCUCUCCACUUCUAGCCCACGGUGGCCAAAAAUGAAUAAAAACUGCUUCAGAUACACAGUCAUCCAUAAAUUCACCAAGAAAAGCAACAAAACCUCACAUUAGGAACCUUAAACUGGCAUUUUUUUUAUCUUAAAGAAGAUGAAUGAAUGAAUGAAUGCUGGUUCAUUGUCUUGUGGGCCAAACAUUUGUCUCAAAUCUCAGUUUGAAACCUUUAAAGAAAUGCAGGAUUUGUUACAUAUUACUAAAUAUUUAUAUGUUAUUAAAUGCAGAUUUGUCAGUGCUUAAACUCACAGGACCCCCGUUAUAAUCUUUUUUUAAGUUAUUUUUUGGCCUUUAUUGUAUGGGACAGAGGAGAGAGAGACAGGAAACGUGGGUAGAAGAGUGGGGGAUGAUAUGCAGUAAACGGCCAUGGCUUGGAUUCCAACCCAUUACCGCUGCAUCGGGGACUUUAGUCCCUCAGCCAGCUGAGCUAUCCGGGUGCCCCAGCCGGUUAUAAUCUAACCCUAAUGUCUUGCAGUCACACAAAUACAUAUAAAGUGUCUUUAGAAGAAGACAAAGUGUCCAGGCUGAAGGUCAGAGGUCACAGUGUUUCUGCAGCUGCUUGGGAUGCAGCGCGAUACUCAAGGACACUUCAGCAGACCCCGAGUUCAGCCUCGUUAAUCACAACACAUCCUGCUGUCUCAGCACCGGUCGCCGUAGCAACAAGCCCUUGGUCUCAGAUAUACAACCUCAAAUAAGCAGCUAGACAAUAAUAGUUUCCGGUUAACCUCCUGCUGUGUUGUUCACCUUAAACAAACCGCUGUCGCUCCUGGCAGGCUGCAGCUGGAUGCUUCCCUUUACCUACAGUAAACAAUAUGCAGAAAUGUAACACACAGCAGUAGCAUUUUACUCAGAGACUCAAUGAAUGUACAAACUGAUGCCGCAGGAGGAGGCACAGCACAGCAGUGUCACGCAAUAUCACAGUAUUAUCAUCUGUCAUUCACACGUGGAACUAUUUGAUGUAAAGUCACAUGAUUUCAGUGAAAAACACUGUUGUAUAAACAUUCCUGUUCUUCUUUUGUUCCGUCCUCAACGUGCAGAGUAACUAGAUGUAUAUUUAAUGAGAUAAAGCGAUGCUUCACGCAGGUGGAAUGAUUUUAUGGAUUAAGCUAGAAGUGAACAGUCAGCUUCCACUGAAGAAUCUGCUUGUUUUAAGCCUUUACUGGCCUCUGAAUUCACAACAUUCAGACCUGAACUGAAAUCAUUUAAGCAGCCACUUUCUGAAAAAAGAUCACCUCUAAUCAGGUUUCAUCCGGUCCUCACUGAUUUAUUGUGGUUGUAGAAAGUCAUAAAAAUAUUUCCCCUUUAAAUUUGUUGUCGUCCCUCUGAAAAAGUAAACGAAGGAACAUUUACAAUUUGAGUCAUUUAUGCAUUUAUUUUUAUUUCAAAUAAAAGUAGGACUCAGUCAGUGGCAGAUGUCUCGGGUUGGCCUGUGUUCACAGCUGAAUGUUCAUGAAUUUAAAUGUGAAAAAGUUCCAUCCCAGUGAAAUAUUGCUUUAGGAAAUGGAAUGAAAUGAUGCAUAUUAAAGUCUAUGAAAUGUAUAAAAGGAAUGAAAAAAUAUUAAGAGGCCUGAGAAUAGAAUUGUGUGUCUGUUUGUGAAUCAAAGAUGUGAAUCUUUUGCAAUCAAUAUAUGACAAAGUAAUGUUUAGCACAAAAGUAUGGUGUAAUGGACAUUAAAGGGAUAUAUCACUUGAAUUUUUACUUAUACUGUAAACUGGUGGAAAUAUUUAUAGGUGGCAGAGUUGUUAUAAGGAGGUUUUUGAUCUAUUGUACAGUAGUUAUUCCAAUAUUACUUCAGAAAAGUGACAUAACCCUUUAAUCUGAGUGAAAACCAGGGUCUCUAGACUGUUGCAGAGCAGACGGCUGUUAAGAUAAAUCUGGUUGCAUUUUUUUUUUUUUAAAUAUAUAUUUUAUAUUUUUUUGUUUAAUGACUUUAGGGAAACACAAGCAGCUCAUUUGCUCUUCCUCACAUUCAGUGCUAAAACAGCUGAGACAUUAAAAUGGUGGGAAAAUCAGCUUAAAGUCAUCCACUGCUUUGUUUUGGUGGCAAAUCAACUCAUAGCCUUCGCUGUAUUUCCCCCGUCAUCAGUUGACCUUCCAAACUGAGGCUGGUCUGGUUUAGGUGUUUUCACAUUACAGUGCAAAAACAACAUGAUUGUUGGUCAGUGUAGAAUUUACUGCUCAGGAACUCCUCAGCUGCUGUGUUACUUUUGCUAGCAGUAGAUCCAGAAGUUCUAGAGUCUCAAACUGCUAAUAUUUGGUCUAUUUUUCUUUUGUCUGGUCUCAGUGUAAUGCAGUUUUUCUGGUAAAUAGUUCUGGAAAUUAAGAAACACAAGCUCCUUUCGUUGCUCAUUUGAAGCCCCAGUGUUCAACGUGAUUGGUCGGGACUGCGGACUGUUAAAGAUGGAUGGCAUGAUGACUCCCUCAGGUGGGAAUCCAAAACAUCUCCAAAGCAAAUGCUACCAUUUUCACCAGUGCCAUCAUUUGCAACCAGAGUUUGUGCAGUAGUGACUGUGUGAUGAUGAAGGCCAGGCAGGGAAACACUGUAAACCUCCACAGACUGUGUUCCACUGCAGGAACUCUCCCCGUUAACCACCUUCCAGCUUUUGUGUUUCCAUUGCUGUGUAGAACUGCAACAUUAACCCAAAGUGCAACAAAACAACAAACAGUAGUUACUAUAUGUAACUCCAGGCCUAUGAAGCAUGUAGAAAUAGAGCAACAGAGGCUGGUUAUGUUUGCCUACACGGUUAAUGUUACAUGUCGGAGGGAAGACUGCUGCUCAAAAAGGACAUCAGGAGGGCAGAAGAAUAAUACUCAUUGUCUACUCCCAGUUUACUAAAAUCAGCAUUGAGACCUACAUAGCGGUUUAUCAGGGCCGCUCAGACGUACAGUUGUUGGCUCAACUGGAAGCAAGGGGUGUCGCUCCCAUCUUAACUGUAUACUAUGAAGCCUAAUAUCACUGUCCACAAAAAAUCUGACUUUUGAAGCAAUCAAAGAAAAAAGGAGAAAGCUUGGAGCUGUCUGCUGCAGAAUCAGCCAAAUAAGGCUUAGAACUGUUCAUACAUGAACCUGCAGGCCUCUCUUUAGGAACUGUGUAAAAAAAAAAAAAAAAAAAAAAAAAAAAGAUGAAUAGAGCCUCCAGGACUGAAAAAUGAAGCCAAUGCAGGAGUGGCUUAAACCUGCCAGCAGGGGGCGACUUCUCUUAUUGCAAAUAGACGUCUGAUUGUGUAGAAGUCUGUGAGGAUUACCCCACUUCUCACUUGAUUUGUUAUCCAGCAAACAUCUUCCUGAUGAUUUUAUGGCCUCAAUUGCUAGUUUCAAGUCUCCUUCAAUGAAGCAGAUGUUCAUGUUGUAAAUGAUGGCCCAUUUAGGGGACAAAUAAACAGGGUAUGCUUUACCAUGGGCUACCAUGUGACAGUUAGCUAUCAUAUGAGUAUCUUCCAGUCAGAUCUAUCUAUCGCUUGUUGGGUUGGGUUUCAAAAAAGCAAAAUGCUAAAUGCCAAACUCAGGGCUUCAGAAGGGGUAGUCCACAAACCAUCCAUCUUUUAUAGACAGUCUGUGGUGGUUGUCUCUGUGACCAGUCGACUAUCGUCCUGCACACGAUCCAGACCUGUGCAGGUUUUCAUGUGUGCUGCCCCACUUUGGAGUUUUCUGUGAGUGAACUUGGUAACUAUGGAAUUCAGUCCAAUGCGUUGACAGAUGGAGUGUGGAGUAAGGAUAAAUAAAAUGCUGUAUUUCAGCUACACAGUCAUGUCAGAUGCAUGUCAUUGUUUUUGACUUUUUUUUCGAGACCCUAUAAAAGAAAAAAACUCUGAAGCUUCUGCAGCACAUUUUGAACAUUUUCCUAUUUUAAUUAAAAUAGCAACUUCCCUCUAAGACAGCUUUUAGGAUUGGCUUUUUAUGAUUUUCACAAGAAUUUCAGACAUUUUCAUUUGAUAUAUUCCAUCAUUACCACGACAUUUGUGCUCAUUUUUGAACCAAUAGCAGAUGUUCAGUCAUCUUAUCUUCCCCGCCUGAUACGAGAACAAUCACUUUCUAACUGAAUGGUGUAAACUGCACAGACCCCUGGUUUGCUCAGUGGCGUGUUUUAUGAAGAGCACAGUGACUUGUGUACAGUGUGUAACUGAAUUAUAUUAUGAAAAUGAUGGCAUGUCAUACAUGAUCAGUAUUUAUUCCUAACUAUUACCCAUUGAUAAAUCUUUAAAAUCCUGCUGAAGAGCCAACAUAAACUGAAUUAAAGCUGUGAAAAUUCCUCCUAAAAACAUGUUAUAUUAUUAAAUGAUGAUGAAUGUAGAAUUUUCAAUGUUCUGUCACUGAUCUGAAGAAAUAUAUUCUAAAGACUGAUCGAACAAAUAAAAAUAUAUCUGUGUCAUCUCCUGUUGUUGGUCUUUACUCAUAGUUUGAAAAGACGCUGCUUUGUGUGCUUCAGGAGAACAGUGAAUCUGCAUGUUACUAGUGUGUGACGCUGUAAAGGUCCGAUUGCCUUGUUCUUGUACAUACUGAGGAGCUGUAUCCUGUGUGUAACAAUGAUGCUGAUUUUUAAGUAUGAUUUUGCUAACGUGAACAAUAAAGUUUCCAUUUUGCUGUUGUUUUUAAAUCAG